UUGUUCGAGAGCUGGUCAGACCAGUUGGACCGUCCAAAUCUCAUCAGUGAGACGUUGAAAUAGGCAGCCUCUGUCGCGCUGUCAAAUAUUUGCAAACAGCUGCCGGGACGUACGCAUUUGUGUGAACUUGUGGGUGUUAGUGUGCUACAGUGGUUUUGGAUGGUGCCCGGCGCCAAUUGAUCAGCGCUGUCAUUUGCACUCAUGAUGGAAGUGGCACACGCGGUGAAGGCUCACCUUGGUGUCCCAGGGGUCCAAGAGGAGCAUCGUAGGGAGUUGAUGGGCAUGAGUGAGGAGGCUUUCCUGACGAAUCUCUACCUUUUCAUGAAGAAGCGAGAUACCCCUAUCGAGAGGAUCCCUCAUCUGGGUUUCAAACAAAUUGAUCUGUUUGUGAUGUUUAAGACAGUCAGAGACUUGGGGGGUUACCACCAGGUGACAGCUCAGCAGCUCUGGAAGCAGGUCUACAACUCGCUGGGGGGGAACCCUCGCAGCACGAGCGCAGCCACUUGUACCCGCCGCCAUUACGAGAAGUUGCUGCUGCCGUACGAGUGCCACCUGAAGGGAAUGCCAAUAAACGUGGUGUUGCCGAAUGUGGUCGAGCACUACCGCUGUCACGGCUACGGCGUGGAGGACAUGGACGGUCCACGAUCAGUCAAACACAAGAUGAUGUCACUGCCGCUGCACCACCAGAAUCAUCCCAACCUCCAACCAGGCCCCCUUCGCACCGUCUUUCCUCUCCAAAUGCAACCCCCUCACUACUACCACUCAGGCCACGCCAUUCUGCCCCCUUAUGGACCCAUGUCGGCUUCCAUGAUGACUUCACACAGCCCGCAGACAGCUCCCCCACCCAAAUUCACCUUACCCCCAUGUGGUCCGGGCCUGACAGAACGAGUGAGGCCUCUGGACCACUUGCGCUUCCUAGCCGAGCAGUACAAGUCGUCUUCCGGACUGAGUGAACCUCUCAACCUGAGCAUUAAAGCCGAGAGUCAGAGAGUGGAGAGGAAUCCAAAAUCGUCAUUCUCCCCACCCUUGGCCAGCAAGAACCCAAAGUUUCUGAACACACCGUCUUCGCUGUACACGCGGCUGUACUCACAGGUAGUGAGGAAGGAUGCCACCAAGAAGCCGGUCGAGGCGGCCACAGUGGGAGCGAUGCCCUACAUCGCCAGGGCCAGAGAGGACUCAGUGGUCGACCUUACCUCCAGCAGUACUCCAGAGUUUGACGCCGCCUUUACAAUGAGGACCGACAGUCGGAUCUGCGUAGCAAAGCGGAACCUGACAGAAUUGCAAGAGGAGGGUCCAGCGGCAAAGAGGCGCAACAUCAGCCACGUCCAGACUUGCCCGCCUCCCGAAAACGACAACAAAAUGGAGAUCGAGAUACCCCUGUCGGUGUUCCACAACUGGCUGCGGAUGUACGGCCCCCCGGGUGCGACCUAUGAUGCCAAGCAACUACCUCGCCUCUUGCAGGAGGCGGUCCAAAGGAGCAAAGACAUGCCCUCGGGACUGUUACCGUUUAACCCCAUCUCCCAUCAACGGAGCAUCAGCAUCGAAGACCUCAGGGUGCCUGGCGGAAAAACGCCAAGCCCAAGCGCAACCAUCCAAACGUCCAGUAUGCACCACAUCCCCAUCCAGAAUCAUUUCACCGGCUACGCGGGACCUUCUUCUUCCAACAACACUCAGAAACCCAGCACCGGUCAGGACGCUACUCAGUUUUGCCAGACAGAAAGGACGUCAUCAAGUGGCCCCAAACCUCUGUCUUACUGGGAGGCCUCCUCGAAAGACAGGCAACAGAAGGACAGGCAACAGAGCCCCGGUCCAGUUCCGCAUGAUCUCACGGUGACAACGAGCCACCAGAGAGACACCGAGCCGAGUUGGAAGGCUCCGGAGAUAGACUCGUCUUUGCUGCUGAUGAAUUCCAGCUCGGCCGCUUCUAUGCUGCAGCUCACCAGCGAGGAGGUGAUGAAGCUCAAGAAAAUCAUCUCCAACUCCACGUGACACUUACAUGAAUGUAAAGACUGUGUAAAUAUAGCACUGACAACACCCCUUUAUCACGGGGGAUAGAAGACACCAUGAAAGAAAAAAAAAUGUUGUAUUUUUUUAACCCUGCGAGACACAUAGAAACGAAUUAAACACACUUUCAAGUA